AUGGCCCAAUCCGUCGCUCCCGGUGACAUCACCACCCAGCCCGGCACGAAGAUUGUCUUCAACGCCCCCUACGAUGACAAGCACACCUACCACAUCAAGGUGAUCAACUCUGGCGGCCGCCGCAUCGGAUGGGCCUUCAAGACCACCAACAUGAAGCGCCUCGGAGUCGACCCGCCGUGCGGUGUCCUCGACCCCAAGGAGCAGGUUCUGGUGGCCGUGUCGUGCGACUCCUUCCAGUUCGGCGCUGAGGACACCAAUAACGACCGUGUCACCAUCGAGUGGACCAACACCCCCGACGGCGCCGCCAAGCAGUUCCGCCGCGAGUGGUUCCAGGGCGACGGCAUGAUUACUACCCCGGCUGCCCAGAAGAAGCUGUCGUCCGACGAUUCCGAUUCCGAGGACGAGGCCCCCAAGAAAGUCGUCGCGAAACCGGUGCCGGUAAAGGCUCCUGUCGCUGCCAAGAAGGCGUCAUCUUCUGAGGAUUCUGAUUCGGAGGACGAGCCGCCGGCUAAGAAGGUCCCUGCAAAGGCUGUCCCUGUCAAGGCUCCGGCUGCCAAGAAGGACACCUCGGACAGCGAUGACUCUUCUGAUGAUGAGGCCCCUGUGAAGGCAGCUGCUAAGCCCGUCCCAACAAAGCCGGCCGCUGCCAAGGGCAAAGCGUCCUCUUCUGAGGAUUCGUCUGACGAUGACGCUGCCCCCAAGAAAACUCCAGUCAAGCCAGCUGCAGCCGUCAAGACUCCAGUCACGAAGAAGCCCGCCUCAAGCAGUGACGACUCCUCGGAUGAUGAAGCCCCGGCAAAGAAGGCUCCUGCCAAAACUGUCGCCACGGCCAAGACUCCAGUGACCAAGAAGCCGGCUUCUAGCAGCGAAGAUUCCUCCGAAGACGAAGCCCCGAAGAAGACCCCGGCCAAGCCGGCUGCUGCCAAGGCUCCCGCUACCCAGAAAAAACAGUCGUCAUCGGAUGAUUCGGACUCAGAGGAUGAAGCCCCGGCCAAGAAAGCCCCAAUCAAAGCAGCGGCUACCCCGAAGACUCCCUUGGCCAAGAAGCCUGCAUCCAGCAGCGAAGACUCGUCGGAUGAUGAAGCCGCCAAGAAGACGCCGGCCAAGCCAGCAGUCGCCAAACCUACCCCGAAGGCCAAGGCGUCUUCCAGUGAGGAUUCUGAUGACGAUGAGCCCGUGAAGGCUAAGACUCCCGCUACGAAAAAGGCUGCCGAGGUCGAGGAUGAAGAUAUGGAUACAUCGACGCCCGCUCACAAUGGCGGUGGCGAUCGCCGAUCAGUGCCGAUGAAGAGGAAAUCCAACGAGCCGUUCCGCCGUGUGCAGACGACCAAGGACGACGUGCCCGAGAAGUUCCGCAACAAUGCUUUUGACGGCAGCCACGACGUCUGGGGCCAGAAAGCUCACGCCACGCUCAGCAAGACACAAGGCAAAGGAUUCCGUCACGAGAAGACGAAAAAGAAGAAGGGUAGUUACGGCGGUGGCCCGAUCCCGAUGGGCGUCAACUCGGUCAAGUUCGACGACUCCGACGACGAG